ACUUCCCUAAACAACGCGGGGCCUGGUUGCACUUCAGUUCCCCACUUCCACAUUCUUCUGUCUCUACAGGGGCAGAGACACAGCUCUUGGAACUCUUUCUUCCCUUUAAAUUCUAAGUGUUGCUGGCAGGGUGGAGAUAAUCUUUCCUUCUACCAUGGAUAACAGUGGACUUGUAGCAUUAACCAGUGAAGGACGUAAUAGAUUACACAUCUCUGCUUUUUAGAGAGAUCAUGGGAACAUCAUUGAUUUUUGUUUCUCAAUUAAAUAUGUGUGAGUCAAGGGAAAAAGCUUUUUUCAAGUUAAUACAUGGUUCAGCAAAAGAAGAAGCAAGCAAAGAAGCCAAAAUCAGAGCUAAGGAAAAGAGAAAUCGGCUAAGUCUUCUCCUGCAGAAAGCUGAGCUCCAUGAAGAGUCACACCCCAGCAGAUCCGGGCCCUUGGCCAGAGAUACCAGGGUCCGCCCCGAAGAAGCGGUAAGAUGGGGUGAAUCAUUCGAAAAACUACUUUCCCAUAAAGAUGGGCUGGAGACUUUCACCAGGUUCCUUAAAACCGAAUUCAGUGAGGAAAACAUUGAGUUUUGGAAGGCCUGCGAAGACUUCAAGAGAAGCAAAGACCCUCAACAAAUUCUCUUUAAAGCACAAGCAAUACAUGAGAAAUUUAUCCAGACGGAUGCUCCACAAGAGGUUAACCUUGAUUUUCACACCAAAGAACUCAUUACCCAGAGCAUCAUGCAACCCACCCUCCACACUUUCGAUGCUGCUCAGAGCAGAGUGUACCAGCUAAUGGAACAAGACAGUUACAAACGUUUCCUGAAAUCUGACAUCUACUUAGACUUGAUAGAAGGCAGGCCUCAGAGACCAAGCAAUCUGAGGAGACGGUCCCGUUCCUUCACCUACAACGAGUUCCAGGAUGUAAAGUCGGACGUUGCCAUUUGGCUGUGAGGAAUGCUAACUUUGCUCAUUUGGUCUGCAAGCUUGUAUAUGUGCUUCUGAGACAUGGCAUGUGUUAACCAAUGGGUCCAUCAUUUAAAAUGAAAUACAGCAUGUAAAAGGAUUUUAGGAGGGUCGAUCAGAACUUUUCUUCUAACAAUACAAACUUCACCAGCCAAUAUGCCCGGUAACGCCUUUCAUUCAACCCCAUUCCCUUCAUAAUCUGAAAAGUAGAUGCUAACAGACACUGAUGAAUAAAUAUAAACAAAAAGGAAUAUAUAUGGUACCUUAAUUUAUGUAGUACAUUCACUGAAAGAUCAAUACAUAGAUAAAAAAUUUUAUCUGUAUUAUCCUUAAGCCUAUUAUGAAAUAUAAUAAAUACAUUCUCUAACAAAAUCACAUAAUCCUGAAGAAAAUGAGAACUUUGCGAUUGAGUCUAUUAAUUUAUUUUUUGCUAGCCAAUUUAGGACAUAUUUCAUUCUUUUCUAUUCUUUGUUCAUUUUCUUUUCCAAGUGAAUAUUUUGCAAAGAAUUUUAAGUAACACAAAUUUUCAAGAUGUUAUACUCACACAUGGAUAUAUUUAUCAACAGUUUGAUUUUUAAGAGAUAAGUAAUAAUUCUAAUUAUUCUUCAGUUGACUAAAUAAGUGUAAUUUCUCUACCACACUACACUGUUUCUCUCUCAUUAAGAAAAAUCCUUAGGCAAAUGUUGUAGGUACUAUAAAAAGAUAAUAUUUAUACUUUACAGAAGAUGUUGAUUAGAAAAUUAGCGUUACAAACAAUAGGGAAAAAGUGACUGGAGACAAAUAAAAUCAAUAAAAUAACUAAACACUGUGUUUUAAAAAUCAUGUGAACAAAAGCAUUUUUAAUCCCUGAACACUGAAAAUAUUAUUGAUUGUGUUCAUUCCAGCAACUAUCAGAAUCUGCCUAAAAGAGGAAAAUAUAUCAUUUAAUCUUCACUUUCCCAUUUUUCACACAGAAUCUGUGAAGCUUUUAGAAACUCAGGCGUAACUUAAAUUGGGCCUCUGUUUUCUUAAAUACCCAAGUCAGAAAGUGCAUCUGUAAAGGUAGAGUCACAUAAUUAUCACAACAAAAUAAUGUAUUAGUGUCUACUAAGUAUUCGGAUUCUCUCCUACUAAAACACAGCAUCAGGUGAGUAUAUCAGAUACACCAAUCUCUCAAAGUCAUCUUGUUGAUUUUGCCAGAAAUUAAACCUUCAAUCAGAACUUAGUGUGAAAGUAGAUUAUGUCCUUCGAAUUUAUUUUUGCUGAUAUUAUCAAUAUGUGUAGUGAACAUACCCAUGCAUACACAUAACUGUUGAUAGAAAUGCAAACUACAUUUUAAAAACAAUUGUUUUCGAUUUUACUUUAUUUGUAAAAUGCUAAAGAUACUAUAAUUUAAUUGGUAAUAUUUGGAGCAAUAAAAAUCCAGAUGACUUAAUUUUGCAGAAACAAUGAGCUGCAUCUAUUAGCAUGGUGUCUGGACUUGUUACCCAUAAUUUUAGCCAUAGGUACACAUAUAAAUGUACACAGUUCCAGAUUUCCAGAUUUUUGGAAGGACUGAGAUACUUAAUCAUUAUUUUUAUAGUAAAAUUGCAUAUUUCAUUCAAUACAUACUCAAUAUUUAAAUAUUAAGUUUAGAAAGUUUUGUCUGGCUUUUAUACUGAUGAUAUAUAUUACAUAUUAAAUAAGUUAAUCUCUUAAAUAUCUUUUUAAGUACAAGCUACCUUAAUUUUUAGAUAUUUACUUGGAUAAUUUUUUAAAGAUUUAAUUGGCCCUGGCUGGUAUAGCUCAGUGGAUUGAGCGCAGGCCUGCGAACCAAAGGAUUGCGGUUCGAUUCCCAGUCAGGGCACAUGCCUGGUUGUAAGCCAGUUCCCGGCAGGGGAUACACGAGAGGCAACCAUACAUUGAUAUUUCUCCCCCUCCCUCCUUCCCUUCCCCUCUAAAGAUAAAUAAAUAAAAUCUUAAAAAAAAAGAUUUAAUUGGAGCUGUUGAUUUAUUCCUUGGUUUUAUAAAAGCCCUCACUGCUUCUUUUUAAUACUCUCUAAUUGCUUCCAAGGUUUUAGUCCAUCUAUAAAAUAAAUGCAGGAAUGACUAACACUGGUUAAAACUGAUAGGACAAGAAGCAAACAUCACAAUUGAUCACAGAGGUCAGCUUUCGUCUUCCACGCUUUAAGGCUUAGUCUAGCAAAAGUAUCAGUGGGGUUAUUUGCUCAGCUCUCUUCUAAGGAUAAGUGAUGGUUCAGACCAGACUUGACCAAGAAAAAAAAAGAAUGAACGUAUCAACUGUAACACCACAAUUACAAAUCAGCACAUUUUUGAUGCACGUACCCUUUUAAAAAUCUCUAAUUGUGCUGCACAAAAUAAAAGAGCACUAAAGAUCAUGCCAGAGUAAACGGAUCACACAGAGAGAAAUGUAGCCUUUCACAGAAGUGGGGGUGGGGUGGGGGGUAAAAUCAGAGCAUUAAUCUCUACGGAAACUUCCUCUAAUAAGAAAGAAGUUUGUACAUAUACUAAUAUGUUCCUUGUAACUGAAUUAUAGACUUCAUUAAACCAUAUCGACUCUGUUUAUAGUUUUUAUUUUACAAGCCCUGCAGUCAAGAGGCUUGACAAAUUUACUACUUCGUAUGUUAUUCUUCUUUUUUCUACUUAUUUUAAAAUUAAAAUUCCUGAAAAAUC